AGCAGUUUGGCAAUAUCACGAGCCACAGUAUGGCGUCUGUUUGUAAACAAAUCGUGGCGAUGAAAUUAAUUGAAAGGGCAGCCCUAAAUUAUUGUCUAGAAUCUCAAUGCAUUCAUACUUCUGCUGUUGUUGAAACACUUGGUGGUUGGAGAUUAAGACAUGGAAUACCUGCUAAAGGAAGGGAAUAUGGCCCAUUGACAGAUCUUCCUGAUUGGUCUUAUGCAGAUGGAAGACCUGCUCCCCUGCAACAAGCUAAAAGGAAAAGAAUCAAAUUGCAUAAAGAAUACUGUGAAAAAAUAAUAAAAUUGACCAAAGAAGUUGAUGAAUGCCUGGAACUCAAUCAACAGAAGGCAGCAAUGGAAGAAGCAAGACGACAAAAUGCUAUUCAUAAUCGUUUGAAAGCAAAAGGAGACUCACUAAUAAAAUAAUUAUGAAUUUAGAAAAAAAUUUCAAAAUUCUUCUAUGUACUACUUUUGUUUUUCUUAGAUUAUUAUUAAAUAAAAAUGUUUAAAUAAAA